CUUUCCAUAGCUUCGUCACCCCCCUUUCUGAUUUCAAAAAUUCGCAUGGUUCCGUUGAUUUUGCUCUUUAAGCAUUUCUCAGUUCGAGUUAAAGAACGGAGAGAGCUUUGUGUUACCUUGAGAGACUUGAGUUGCUUAAUUAGUGGAAGAAGCUUCUUGUUUUGAUUGAUGUUGAAUUUAAGGGUUCAUCGGAUUCUUCGUAGACCCUUAAUUCGAUUUUCACCUUGCUCAAUCUCUAACGAUGAUGCAUCUUUCUCGACAACUUCGUCGAAAAAUCCUGUCUUUAGUCAUGUUCCGGAGAUAGGAGGAGUUUCUCAUCGAGAAGAUGAACAUUUAGGAGAGUUGAGGCAAUUGGGUUUCGUAAAGUCAUCAGCUUUGAAUGCUACGAGCGUUGGUGAAGCUGAAUUAGGAGAGAUUCGAAACCCUAGGUUUGAUGAGAUAGAUGAAUUGGGAGAAGAUGAAGAAGAAGAAGAAGAAGAAGAACUAGAUGAUGAUGAUAAUGAUGAAGAUGGUGGAACAAGUGGCGAAGAGCGUGUCGCUGUUCUGAAAUCGGUUAGGAAGAUCCCUCAGUCACGAGAAGACGUUGGUAGAUUCGAUGUGGAAGAAGAUGAAUCUAGGCAUCCUUUGGUGAGAGAGAUAGGUAGGUUAAUUGGUCUCAGGUCAUCUUGGAACCCAAAGCAUGAAGCUCAGAUGAGGAAUCUUCUGAGGAGUCUUAAACCAUCACAAGUCUGCGCUGUUAUACGCUCACAAGACGAUGAACGUGUUGCUCUUAAGUUCUUCUACUGGGCGGAUCGUCAAUGGCGGUAUAGGCAUGAUCACAUGGUGUAUUACUCCAUGCUUGAGGUUCUUAGUAAGACUAAACUGUGUCAAGGUGCUAGGAGAGUUCUCGUUCUGAUGAAGCGUAGAGGUAUAUAUCGAAGCCCUACAGCGUUUUCGUUUGUAAUGGUAUCAUAUUGUAGGGCUGGUCAGCUGAGAGAUGCGUUGAAGGUGUUGACUCUUAUGCAGAGAGCUGGUGUUGAACCUGACUUGUUGAUUUGCAAUACGACUAUUGAUGUUUUCUUGAGAGCGAAUAGGUUGGAGAAAGCUUUACGGUUUCUAGAACGUAUGCAGGUUGUUGGUAUAGUGCCGAAUGUGGUGACUUAUAAUUGUAUGAUCAGAGGUUAUUGUGACUUGCAUCGAGUUGAGGAGGCAAUUGAACUACUAGAGGAUAUGCCUAGUAAAGGAUGUUUGCCGGACAAAGUUAGUUACUAUACCAUAAUGGGCUAUCUUUGUAAAGAAAAACGGAUUGUGGAAGUGAGGAACUUGAUGAAGAAGAUGGCGAAAGAGCAUGGUUUGGUGCCGGAUCAAGUCACUUACAAUACUCUAAUUCAUAUGCUCACAAAACAUGACCAUGCAGAUGAGGCUCUUUGGUUUCUAAACGAUGCUGAUGAAAAAGGUUUUCGGAUUGACAAGGUGGGUUAUAGUGCUAUAGUUCAUGCAUUGUGCAAAGAGGGAAGAAUGUCUGAGGCUAAAGAUCUUAUUAAUGAAAUGCUGUCGAAAGGACAUUGUCCACCUGAUGUAGUAACUUAUACUACAGUUGUCAAUGGCUUCUGUCGUUUGGGUGAGAUCGACAAAGCUAAAAAGCUUCUUCAGGUUAUGCACACACAUGGACAUAAACCAAAUACUGUGUCAUACACAGCUCUGUUAAAUGGGAUGUGCCGAACAGGGAAAUCAUUAGAAGCAAGAGAAAUGAUGAACAUGAGCGAAGAGCACUGGUGGAGUCCGAAUUCCAUUACUUACAGCGUAAUUAUGCAUGGGUUGCGAAGGGAAGGGAAACUGUCUGAGUCCUGUGAUGUGGUAAAAGAGAUGGUACUAAAAGGUUUUUUCCCUGGCCCAGUUGAGAUCAACUUAUUGCUCCAGAGCCUUUGUCGGGAUGGGAGAACUCACGAGGCCAGAAAACUCAUGGAGGAGUGUCUGAACAAGGGUUGUGCUAUUAAUGUCGUGAAUUUCACUACAGUGAUUCAUGGUUUAUGUCAGAACGAUGAGCUAGAUGCUGCUCUCUCAGUGCUUGAUGACAUGUACCUGAUCAACAAACACGCAGAUGUCUUUAUAUAUACUACUUUAGUUGAUGCGUUAGGAAAAAAAGGUAGAAUAUCAGAAGCAACGGAACUUAUGAAGAAGAUGCUUCAUAAAGGUAUAGAUCCUACCCCUGUUACAUAUAGGACUGUCAUCCAUCGAUACUGCCAAAUGGGAAAAGUUGAUGAUCUUGUGGCUAUAUUGGAGAAGAUGAUAUUGAGGCAGAAAUGCAGGACGGUUUAUAAUCAAGUCAUUGAGAAGCUUUGUGGUCUGGGAAAGCUCGAGGAGGCAGACAAACUUUUGGGAAAGGUUCUGAGGACAGCUUCAAUAGCUGAUGCUAAGACAUGUUACGUACUUAUGGAAGGCUAUCUUAAGAAAGGUGUGCCUCUGUCAGCAUAUAAAGUGGCCUGUCGGAUGUUUAACCGCAAUCUGAUACCUGAUGUUAAGAUAUGUGAGAAGCUUAGCAAAAGACUGGUUCGAGACAAUAAAGUAGAGGAGGCAGAUCAGCUGAUGCUACGUUUGGUUGAGCGUGGUCAUAUAUCACCCCAGUCCUCAAAACCGUCAAUGGUCUAUCACAACCUCCAGAUCCAAAACGAAGGAACUAGGCUCUCACUCCGUUAGCAGUGAUGGAUUUCUUCUUUGAUGCUCUUGGCAUGAGGAAACUGGUUUGAGCAGAAACCAGUUAUUCUAUUUCACAUUUUCCUGGUAGCGACACGUUAUCCCCCAAUACAUCUACUCAUUGUUUUCAUUAUUACUGUUAAUGACUGGACAAAACUAAGUAAUAACCUUCCGAAAGGAAGAACGUUAAAUGAUUUUUCCUUUCCGCAGGGACCAUAUUAAAGUGACACCAUACAAUCAAGUACUGAUAAGUCUCUGUCCUCUUAAGUUUUACUUUAAUUAAGGCCACAAUUGUUUCUUUGCGUUUGCGUUUCCAUGUUAUCAUGAUUAGAAUAUUAUAACAUGGAUAAGUAAACAGAAACACAGAGAAUAAAUUGUGACCUAAAUCAUGUGUCUCUAAGUUUUAUUUUACAUUAUAGCAAAACUAGAGGUUCAGUAUACCUCACUGUUUAAUGAUAAUUUUGAUUAUUCUGGGAAGUGAUUUCAUUAUAGACCAUGAUGUUUUGUUGGUUGCUGCUUGAUAAUUAGAAUACGGUAGAAGGUGCUAAUAGAGAAGAGUUGUUGAUGCAAAUGAUACGUGCUCUAGUUUGCUUGCUGAAUCAUCUCCCAUGUUCUGUUUACUUUGUUUGUCUUCCAAUUUUGAUACGUGCUCUAGUUUAGGUGUCUUGGUUUAUUGGUUUAAUGAUAGUUCCUUUUAAUAUUUCCUUUUAAACAUUAGGAUUAGGGUUAUGAUUUAAGUUGUAUGAAAACCUAUAUAAGGUUCUCUAUUGAUUAACAAGAGGGGAAUCCCCAAGAAUUAACCUUAAUCUUUAAGAGAAGAUUAGGGUUAAGAGGGAGCUAAGCUUUCUAUUCUUCUUAAUUCACAAGCAAUAAAAGAGGUUCAUAACAAAUUUGCACCCAAAGAUCAUUCAUUGCAUCUGUAGCAGUCAAAUUGUUGUGUAAAUUCGGUUUUGCCCCUACCCCUCCUCUUGAUACACUUUUGUGGGAACUGAGGAACUAUCUUGGGAGAAAUAUCUUGGGAUAUGUGGAACCAUAGCCUAACGAAGUUAUGUGCAUUGGAACCAUUGACGAGGAAGGUCUUCCAGGUGAGGCAUUGUUGGCCGCCUUAGAGAGCUUGUCUAUAUGCCGAGUGAAUUCGACCAUAUUCUUUCUCUCCGCACAUGAUAAAUAGUGGUUCGGAAAGCUAGUCGAACGAGGAUUCACUGCAACUUGCUGAAGUAAGCCCCAAUGUGGUGAAAAUGUAUUCCCUUUUGGCGCUAUAAAAGUGUGUCAAAUUUAGUAUACGAAUGAUACUAAUGUAGAUUUCAAAAGAGGAUGAUACUUCUUAUUUGUGUUACAAACUAAACAUAUUGUAAAA